AUGGAGUUUAACCCCACUAGAGCAAUUGUCCAUAAUGAGGGCUGCGACCUUCACUACUGGCAUCAAGGCGCCGGCCCUCUCAUGAUCUUCGUCCCAGGUGGUAACGGCCACGGGAGACAAUUCAACAACAUCAUAGCCGCUUUAUCAGACCGCUAUACUUGCGCGACGUUCGACCGACGCCAAAUGUCGGCGAGUCAAGUCCCUGUCAACAAACCACUAAGCCCAACCCAACAAGCCCGUGAUAUCCGAGCUGUUAUCAAAGCUGUCGGAUUCAACAAAGCUAUCGUUUUUGGCAGUAGCAGUGGUGGUAUCUUCGGAUAUCAAUUUGCCCACGACUAUCCCGAGAUGGUUGUCCAUCUGAUUUCCCAUGAAGCAGGGAUUUCUGCGCUCAUGCCUGAUGCGACAGAGAUUUACGACUGGAUGUAUGGUCUUAUUGCAUUGCACAGAGAAAAGGGACUAGAUGCUGUCGUGGCAGAAUUCGACAAGUGUCUCAUUGGCUAUGAUGACGAGGGAGUUCCUAAGCCUGCAUCUCCCGAACCGUCAAAUAGUCGCAACUUCUGGGAGAAUGAGUUCCCAAGAUUGCUUGGCUAUGCUCCCAAUUUCUUUCGAAUCAAAGAGAACCAGACCAGUGUUGGUGUUAUGAGAGGUGCAAGAUGUAAGGAGGCGUUUUAUGCUAGGGCUAUCGAGGCACAGGCUGAGAUUUUGGGCUGUCCACGUAUGACCGUGCCGGGUAAUCAUGAGGGUUUUCAGUGUGAGACGAAGGACUUUGUUCCUUUUCUCUUAGAGAUGAUUGAUAUAUUGGAGAAAAGGAAGCAGUCUGUCUAG